UUUAACAUGGCGUCAAAGAGCAAGAAAGAUCUGCGACAACAAAUAACAACGCCUGAAAACGGUAAACAGCAUCGUAAAAAGAGAAAAUACUCGGACUCAACCGAUAACAGCGACGACAGUGAUGAUGGCUACAAUCCUUGGUCACGAUAUGACAGAGAAAGAGAGGCAGAACGGAAGGAAGAAAUGCGAAAAACUCAAACUGGGAUCACUCAACGUCGGUUAUUUUCAGAAGAACAGUGUGAAGAAAUUGAGAAAAAGAUUGAUGAAGUCGUGAAAAUAGCAAAUAAAGGGGUAUACAAAGGUCAUACAGUAGAUAGAGCCCCACUAAGGAAUAAAUACUUUUUUGGGGAAGGUUACACAUAUGGGUCACAACUUGAGAAAAAGGGCCCAGGGAUGGAGCGUUUGUACCCUAAAGGUGAAGUCGACGAAGUUCCGAAAUGGAUUUAUGAUCUUGUAGUUAAGCCUAUUGUUAAGGCUGGACUUGUGCCAGAAGGUUUUGUUAAUAGUGCUGUUAUUAAUGACUACAUGCCUGGUGGUUGCAUAGUGUCUCACAUUGACCCACCUCAUAUUUUCGACAGACCAAUUGUGUCAGUGUCUUUUUUCAGUGACAGCGCCUUAUCAUUUGGUUGCAAGUUUUCAUUUAGGCCCAUCCGCACAUCAAAGCCUGUCCUGGUGCUACCGAUUGACCGAGGAUGUGUAACUUUGAUUAGUGGUUAUGCAGCUGAUAACAUCACCCACUGUAUCAGGCCUCAAGAUGUUGUCCAAAGACGUGCUGUCAUCAUCCUUAGAAAAACUUGUGAUGAUGCUCCAAGACUUGACCCGGUGUCCAGUUCAAAGAUCAGACCAGCAUAUGAUGCCAGAAAAAGACCAAGAGAGAGGUCUCCAUCACACUCAAGUUCUGAAUCAAACAGCUCAGAUAGUGACAGUGAUCAUCAUUCUUACCGGAGACGUAAGAGGACAAGGCAUUCCUAUCCCGACACAAGCUCUAGGUUUCUGUAUGAUCGGCGAGAAGAAAAUGGUCAUGGUCAUCGACACAAGUCCAAGAGAUCUCACCAUUCAAGAAGGCAUAGGUCUGAAUCGCCAAAACACAGGAGCAGUAGUAAUAGUAAAAGCAAGCGAGAAGUUAAGCUGGUGAGAAAGUAGUUAUAGUUUGGUGAGAUGAUAGAAUGGGUAGAUAUUACAAAACUGUGUUUUAGAAGAUUUUCUAAAAUGGAUAUUUUGACUUAAAAGGAAGUUCAGGGAAUAUGAGUCAUGAUUGGAAGUACAGAAAAGUGUUAAAUAAUUGUUGAUUUUUCUCACUAUUUUGUUGUUUUUUUGGAAUACUGAAAAAUGUUGCUUUUUAAUUUGUUUACUGAGUUUUUAAUAUGUGGGUUCUUUGAUGCCAAUUUGUAUAUUUUCAUUUACUUGUACAAAUAUUAGACAUAGAAAGUGCUAGACAGUAACUCUGCUCAGAAAAUUCUUACAAAAAGCUAUGUGCUGUUGUUCACGAAGUUAAUUGAAUGUUCUUUUUUAUGAUGAUUAAACAAUAAGGUGCUACAUUAAUGCACUAGAUUGUCUAGAGUAAAGGAGAUGCAUUCUGUAGAAAGAUGUAAGCAUUUUAUUUCUCAUUCUUAGUUGAUUUUUAUUGAAAUGUCAUAGCUUAUCAAAGUUAAAAAGCUUCUGUGAAUUAAAUACCAAGUUAACUUCAUCCCCAUGAAAUAUACAGCCAAUUUUUAGUCACAUAAUAAUGAUGUUGUUUACGGUUAUUUAGAUCAAGACUAGAUCUAUUUCAGAGCAGACUUCUUGUUGAAGUUCUAUCAUUUGUUUUAGGAUUAACUUGUCUCUUACUUUGUUUAUGCUUUUCGUGUUACCACUCCAGUUUAUUAUUGGUACAAUGAUACAUUAAAAUCUCUGACAACCUUAUCAUGGAGUAUAGGUCUCUAACAGAGUUUUGAGAUCAAUGGAAGAAAUCUGUGGCCAUUUAAAAUGUUAGAAAUGCCAAUAUUUUGUGUAUGAUUCCAUGGGCAGCUUCAGAUUAUUAACCACUGUCCAUUUCCUUGCAGUUUUAUUUUAGUUAUUUGGUACAUUUUUUUUUAUCUCUGGUCGAAAGUGUAGGGAUACAGAUUUGAUGUUGUCCAUCUGGCUGUUUGUCCAUAUGUGCAUCUGUAUGUUCAAAGUUAAAAAUGCUUAUAUUUCAAAAAGUGUUUAAGCAAGAAUCACUAAACCUCAUAAUGUUUUUAUUAACCCAUGACUUUUGUUGACAUAUAUGAUUAUCCCCCUUGACCCAGUUAUUGCAGAGUUUUUCCAUUGAUUUGGUAAACAACUGUGUUUUUUGACAGUAUCUAAGUAACCUAUUGGUGGAUAUUCAUGAAACUACAAAAAUGUAGAUCACUAUAGGGCAGAGGUGCAUGAGAAUCUUUGAGUUAUUGCCCUUUUAGUGUUUUUAAAUUCAUAAAUAUAUCUAGAAAUUAACUGUCUUUCAAAACAUAGCCCCCCCCCCCCCACCCCCACCCACUCCCCAUUUAUAAAACAACCUAUUCAGUGAGGAAAAUAAAUGCACCGAUUUUGCUUCUUUUCUUUAAUAAUAGCAAACAAAGUCUGUUAGAUGUAUCCUAGGGUCACAAUUUCUGUUUGCCUGGAAUGCAUAGUAUAAAUUUUAUUCUAUUGUAAGAUUACAGUUUCUCCUCUAGGUUCAUAUAUUAAAUAGUUGUGUAUUGAACUUACAAAUUUGCGCUGUAAAUAAAAUGUUAAUUAUAUGGUUAAUAUAUUUUGAAAGAUCUGUUCUGUUUUACCUCAACAACUGUUUUUUUUUCUAGUGAAAAUGGUACCAUUCAUAUAGAUGUAUUUUUGAAACUACCAUAUCUAGCAAGUAUUUUGUGCACAGACUUAAUAGCAGCACUUACUUCGUAGAAAUACAAAUCAAAGUUAAAUUGUUUUAACAUUGUGGUAAGUUUACGCUGUUAAACCACAGUGAUAAUAAAUCCUUGUUUUGCUUACAGAGAAUUUAAGUUGGCAUUUUUCAGUAUAACUGUAUGUGUUUGACUAUAAAAUUUUAUUCACACAAAACUUGUUUAUUUUAAUAAUACAUUUACACAUUUAAAGUGGUCACAUUGACCUGUUAGUGGUGACAAAGAAAUAAUGCAGUUUAUCUGAAUUGCAACAACGAGGUUAUAUGCUGCCGCGUCCGCGCAGUCUGGUCAGGAUCCAUGCUGGUCGCAAAGCCACUAUGUUGGUUUUCCCAUGGCACGGCUCAAAUAAUUCACUCGGGUUACGCCCUUGUGAAAUUAUUUUUUAGAACGAAAGACCUCUUCAUUGUGUAAUUACAGCAUGCUUCUACUAUAUAUUAGUUCUUAAAUCACAUAGUCAGUUGUAAUCUUUGACUGCCUUUCUUGCCACAGUAAUGGAAUCUCCCUUUAAGAGAGAAAAAAACAAACUUACUUUUUCGAUCAUCUUUUCAUAAGGCUUGUUCUGUUUAGUGAUUUCUGUAAAAGAAUAACAGAUUUAUUUCAUAAGCUCAUCUGAUUGAUAUAAAUAUUUUGCAUUUGUUAGGAUUUUUGUUCAGGUUCAAUUCUUUUGCUUCAAUUGUGGAAGACCCAGGAGGCAAGUAGUGUUUAAACUGCCAGUCUGGCCAUUUGUUGAACUUAUGUCACACUUAUUUGUGUGCAUAACUCCUAGAGUUUUCAUCCAUUACAAAUGAAACUUGGUAUAUACAUCAUCAGCAUGAAGUGGCAAUGGGACUUAAUGUAAUAACAUACUCCCACAAAAUGAAGUUUGGGGGGUAUAUAGGAGUGAGCUUGUUGGUUGGUCUGUUGAUUUUUAUGGUUUCCGGACAAUAAUUCAUGAAAAGCUUGACAGAUUUGAAUAAUUUUUGGUACACAGGUGUAACAUCAUAAAAUACAGGUCAAGUUCAACUUUGAGGUCAGUAGGUCAAGGGUCAAGGUCACAAUGACCAGGAAUAAUUAAAGAGUUUCCGGAUGGUUACUUGAGAACCCUUAGACCUAGGAUCAUAAAUUUUGGUACACAGAUGUAACGUCACAAAAUACAGGUCAAGUUCGACUUUGAACUGUUAGUAGGUCAAGAGUCAAGGUCACAAUGACCCAGAACAGUUAAACAGUUUCCUGAUGGUAACUUGAGAACCCUUGGGUCUAGGAUCACGAAAGUUCAUAGGGAGGUUGAUCAUGACCAGCCGAUGACCCCUGUUGAGUUUUAGGUCAAAGGUCAAGGUCACAGAGACCAGGAACAGUUAAACCAUUUCCGUACAAUAACUUUAGAAUGCUUGGUUCCAGGAUCAUGAAAAUUGAUUGCAAAGGAUUGCAAAAUUCAUUGAGAUUGGAAAGGUCUCCAGUGUGCAGGGGUUCUGAUUUAGAGGAGUUUUACUAUACAUUUUUUUAUCAUCAGUAGAAGGUUAAGAAGGCAUAGAACUAUAAUCCUGUUCUUACAUAUUGUCUCUUAUCAUUGAUUUACAGAAGAGUUUUGGCACCAGCAGGCUUUGCUCUUGAAAUAUUAUAUAAAUGUUUCUAUUAAAAUACAGCUGAGUUUUGGUUAACCUUUAGCAUGCUAUAUAAAUUGUCGUCUGCUGGAAAUGUUGUCUGCUAAAAUUGUAAAGUUCAUUCAAUUUGCUCCAAAAUUGGAAGAAAUAUUGUCAGAGUAGCAAACAGCUUGGAACCUGAUCAGACGCCGAUUUAAUCGGCGUCUGAUCUGGUUCCAAGCUGUUUGCAAAGGCUGUUAAAUUCGCCUGCAGCAGGCUAAGAGUUAAUAGAAACUUGUUAAAACAUGGAAAAAUUGUGUAAUUCUGUAAAAGUUUUAGUCCUAUUAACAAAGUUUAACUUCUGCAUUUAACCAUUACCGUGCAAUUGGUUCUGCCUUUGCGACCAGUGUAGAUCAUGAUCAGCCUGCACAUCCAUGCAGUCUGAUCAUGAUCUGCACUGUUCGCUAUUCAGCCAGUAUCUUUUUGCUAAGCACCCCAGUACUGUCCAAAUAGGAAGAUGGAUAAGUUCAUUAUAGAAAUUUAGCAGGUUAAGCGUUAAGCUUACAUAUUUGUGGGUCAUUGUUGUGUAUAGUUGUAAAUGUUUUAACUACAAAAUUUUGAUUGCAUAAUAAGUAAUAAUAAUGAAGACAGUGAGAUAUUCAGUGGAUUCAUUAUGUAGUUUUCAAGUUGAAAGAUUUUAUGAUAGUUUUGUUGUGAUUUGUUAUACCUUGUUUCUUAAGAUGUAAAUAAGUGAGGAUUUGUUCGUAGACACUGUUUCUAUAUUGAUAUGUUUUUAAGUUUGUCUUUCAUGAUAUGUGAUUGUUGGAUUCACUAGAUCAUGUUAAAAUUUCUCAUGUUAGAUUGCUUUGUUAUAAGUAUUUCAUAUGGCCAUAGUACCAAUUCUUAUGUCUUGUUCAUUUAUAGAUGAAAAACACUGUAUACAUGUAGCAUUUUUUGUAAUUGUAAAUUCAGCAUUGAUAUUGUUCAUUAUACCCAGUUGGGUAAUAUAAAGUUCAUUUGCUCUCAGCUGAUUAUUGUUUGCCUGUUUGUACACACAAUUGUCUGCCAGAUUCUUACCUUGCUUUAACUGUUUAGGAAUAUCACUAUGACCUAGAAGAAUGCAUAUUGAUUGUUCAACUUACUGUAUAUGUAGAUUUUUUCGCGGGAUCGUAAUUUUCAGGCAUUUGCACAGGCCGAACGCCUGCAAAUUCAUGAGUUCAGCGAAAUUUUGUACCUCAAACUUCUCAAACACGAAACAUUUUAAUUCAAUUUGUCAAUAUGAUGUUUGUUUUAUGUAUGUGUAUGUUGCAUACAUGUCAAGUUUCCCGGAUCGUCCGGGAGUCUCACGGAUUUUUGGUCCAUUUCCCGGACAUACGGAAAUCAAUCAUUUCUUCUCCCGGAAAUCCAAAAUUCCAAGCUAAUGGUUUCCUGUAUCAAACUAAAUCCCUUAUUACCAUUACACACAGUGCCUUACGUAAUUUAUCACUCUAUGGUAUAUUGAUAAGAGUUUAACAAGGUUACUCACCGAUGACAUUCUGCAAACAGGUGUGUACUGUGCUAUUUUUAGAUUGUGUUAAUUGGCAAGUGGUGAUACUGACAUAAUAUGAUGAUAAGAUUUAAGUGUGAAGGGAUACAUUUGAAUAGAUUAAAGAGCCGACCUUCAUUGGAGUGGUGGCAAUCAUUACCACUGAUGGCAUAAUUGUGAGAACAACUAGAGAUAGGUUAUAACAUUCUUUUGACAGCUAUGAUUUUGUAUUUCAUUUUGAUGAGUAAAAAGCAUUUUUCAGUGUAGAUUUAAAACAGUGAAGUACUUCACUACUCUAGAUCUAUUUCCAAUCUGUGCUAGCUUCUGCUCAUUUGCAAAAAAUCUAAGAAUGUAAAAAAAAAAAAAAAGCCUUUCUCAUAAAAGAAACUCGCCAGUAUAAAAUUUCAUCUAAAUUCCAAUUCAUCUGCUCUAACCAUACUGUAAUAACUAGAUAAAGUUACUAUAAAUCUGUUCUGUAAAACUGUUUGUUUACAUUGCAGAAUUUCUAAAAUUUUCAUUUUAGACAGUACCGGCAACUGUUAAAAGGGGUGCUUACAAAAAAAGAUACCGACUGAUAAAUGGCAAAGAAUGCAGAUCAUGAUCAGACUGCAUGGACAAUUUACACUUGUCAAAAAGGCAGAAUUAAUCGUAUUCAACAUGAUAAAGGUUAAAAUGUUUUAAAAUGCAACUUAAACACCUUAAAAUAUGCCCAAAUCUGAUCUAAUCUGUUACACGGUUUUAUAUUCAAGCAAAAACUUCCUAAAAAACGUUCGCCGAAAAAAUCUCCUGGAUUUUCAUCAAAUAUCCUGGAUUUUCAACUGAAAUAUCCUGGAAAAUUGUCCACAGAACUUGACAUGUAUGAUGUUGUUUGUACGAUAUGUUCUGUUCUGUUCGACAAAUAAAAUGUUUAAACUACCAACACACUUGAUAACAGUGACUCGAUCAUAAUUACCAAAUAAUGUGUUUUUCACACAUAAUGCGAGCCUGUUAAUUUUUGCAACAAUGCAUUGUUUGUUUGGACAAUAAAGAGAUAAAAGGGAACAAUUAUGUUUAUUAAAUGCAAAUCACAACUGUACAAUGAUAUAUUGUUAUACUACAAAAACACCUUCAAUGGAUUUUCUUUUUACGAUAAAUUACAUGUAUUAAAAACAAUAAUGUUAGUUUCUGAACAAAAAUAUUAAUUCAUAAUUUUCCUUUGCUUGUGAGAAACUUUAGCUGAGAUUAAUGUUGGGUAAAUUACGAGUGAGAACUUCUCAAUGUUCAGUCGCUUUUUUUAACAAUAAAGGUCUAUAGGGAUUAACAUAACAAAAAAGCGUAGUGUAUUUACUGUAAACACAAGCAUCUUAAAUAUUAUCACCAAAAUCGGUAAACCUCGGCAAAACUCGGCAGUUUCCAUUCAAAUUCAGUAGAAGUGCUCAUACCGUCUGAGUGCGUAUUCAUGAAUACGAUGUCUCACGGUGAGAAUUCUAGUUUGCGAUUUCUAGUUUGCACCAGUAAGUAGUAUUUUCUAGACUAGCUGCCGGAGCGUGAAAUGUUCGUUGCGCGAAAAAAUGUACACAUACAGUGCUUUAUUAGAAAUUAUUGAAAAGAUGAGGAAUCAUUAUACAAGAUAAUGUGAAUGUGCCUUUUGACUAACAUUCUAAAAAACUAUUAGGAAACUUUAAUGCCAGGUGAGCAAAACAUCAUACAUACUUUACCUACAAGACUUAGUGUAUCUUACCCUCUCUAAAGUGUUAAUUUUUUAUAAAACAUCUUCUCAUGCUCUGAACGUGUCUGGGGAGGACAAGAUUUACAAUUAGAAGUUAUAAGUUUGACACACAGGUGACACAUGUUUUCUCUGUGAUGAUUGGCUGAAGACAAUAUGUCUCCGGUAAUUUGUCCUUGACCUGAUUCAUAUGAGAAAUGUGUUAUCAGUUACUUACUGAGUACAGGUUAGUACUUGUAAAGAAUCCAAGAACACUAUACAGUUGAAUAACUGAAACACUCAUGAUAUAGAGGAUAUUUGUUUGUUUCAGUGAAAUAUCAAUUUUAUUUCACAAGUGAGUAUCAAAAGCUGAUGUUUUCAAGAGUGGCGUAGCCACGAGUGAAAAUGACUUUUUAGCUCACCUGUCACAAAGUGACAAGGUGAGCUUUUGUGAUCGCGCGGUGCCCGUCGUCCGUGCGUCCGUCCGUCCGUAAACUUUUUGCUUGUGACCACUCUAGAGGUCACAUUUUUCAUGGGAUCUUUAUGAAAGUUGGUCAGAAUGUUCAUCUUGAUGAUAUCUAGGUCAUUUUCGAAAGUGGGUCACGUGCCAUCAAAAACUAGGUCAGUAGGAAUACUUCUCAAAAUUCUAAUAAUUUAAAAGAAGGAACAAAUAUCUAUACGUUCCAUUGGCUAUGCAACACUUCCUAACCAUGGGGUUAAAUUGUAACUGCAUAUGAUCCGAAUGACGUAUUACGCUAAAAAUGUAGUAUUGUAAAAUACGAAUUAUUUGCGUUGUUAGAAUCGAAAUAAUAAAUAUGUUCCAAUAAUUUUAUCAGUUAAUAAAAUAUGAGCAGUCGUUCGGAUGUGAAUGAUUAAACCACUCGUGCUUUAAUUAUUACGCAUCCAAACUCCUGCCCAUAUUUUAUUAACUGAUAAAAUAUGGGAACAGAUUUAUUAUUUCUUAAUUAUUAUGUGAUUUGUCAGUAUCUGACAAUCUACCUUUAUUACAAUAGGCAUAUGUUCAGUUUGUGCAUUUUUGAAUGUCAAGUACACUCCCACUGCUCCCCUCCCCCUUUCCCUACUAUAGACUAUAUUUUAUGAAAAGUUUCAAUACUUGCUUUAUAUUAGAACCAUUCAGAGCACAUGUCUGACAGUCUGUGCUCUGUUGUUUAGGUUUUGUUAGGUUACUGACACUAAAUCUGUGCACUUGAUUACAAGAAGAUAUCUGUCGUCACUGCCGUUACACAGAUAUAAUAGUCCUGUAAGCUGAAAUGAGAAAUCUUAUAGCAAGGAUUGCUUUUGGAGUUUUGAAACUGAAAGUAAAAGUCCGUUGUAGAAAAAUCUCAUCAUUCAUGAAUUUAAUGUUUCUUCAUGCCAUUAAAAUGUGUUUUGUAUUUGUGUGGUUCCCACAUAUGAUGAACUACAUUGUUUUUCCCCUUUAUGAACUGGGAAUUUGCUAUGUUUAUAAACCAGUCAUUUUCAUUGAUAUAUCUUUACCAGACCAGGUACCUUUUCAGCCAGUUAUAUUUAAUGAAGAUAAGGUUUAUCAUAUUUGUUAGAAUUAUCAGUUUUAGUCUUGUGCAUAAUACUGCAUAUACAUAUACUUACAUAAGAUUGUAGUUUCAGUCCCUCUCUUUAAACUAUCGUUUUAGGCAAAAUAAUACUGUCUAAGUGGAGGUUUGUGACUCAAAAAUGUUCGCGAAUUUCAUGAAUUCAAGAAAUUUGCAGAUAUAUCAGCCAGUGUAAAUUUCCGUAUUCACAAAGACACAUCAUUACAAUGAAGGAAAUAUAAACAACUGUAGCUAUGGCACUGCAGUUAUUGGUGAUUCACAAAUAUUUCUGCUUGCAAAACAUCUGGAAUAAGCAGUUGGCAAUUUUUUUUACCUGUGAAUAUAUCCACUUACAUUGUAGACUUGUACAAUUUUUUGUCUCAUUCAUAUUUCACAAGUUUGUGAUAUUUUCAUGAUUUUCAUUGAUUUGGAAUGUUGAUGAAUAUAUAAAAUUCUUUAAGACUAAAUGUUGGUUUAUACAGUGAAGAGUUAAAAAUUAUGAUAUAAUUUUAUAGAAUUUAUAUUAUCUCAUUUUGGAUAGUGAUGGUGUUGUACAAAAAAAUACAUGAUUCGGCACUACCAUUGGCUUCAGAGAGAUGGUAAUUUGAUACAGAUUUUUCAGAGGAAAUUGGAAACAAAAUAAAUUUUAGGUUACAUUUUGUUCAUUUUUUUUUUCUUGUAUUGCUGUAGUUGGACAAAAACUAAGUCAUGUGAAAGAGGUAUUUCGUGUAGUGAGGGACAAAAGAUUCCUAUUUUAAUUUAUGUGCUUUUUUAGAGCAGUUAGAUAGUUAAAUGAAUUGAUUAUGGGCUGCAAAAUAUGUUAGACAGUAUGUUGAAAACAAAUGUUUUGAAAGUUUAAAGUUCAUCUGGUUUGUUACAUGUACAUACCUUCUUCUUUGUGCCAUUUGUUUGUUUAAAAUUUUGUUUUACAUUGUCAUUACCAUAAUUCAUGAGCACAGGAGGUGACAGUUGGCUACUGUUUGAGUCAUCAUUUUGAGCCACACCAUGAGAAAACCAACAUAGUGCAUUUCCGACCAGCAUGGAUCCAGACCAGCCUGAGUAUCCACACAGUCUGGUCAAGAUCCAUACUCUUCGCUAACAGAUAGGGUUUGAAGGCUGGUCUUGAUCCAUGCUGGUCGCAAUGCACCAUGUUGGUUUUCUCAUGGUGCGGCUCAAUUUUCUGUAAUAGGGUUUUUAAACAUUUCCUCUUUAUAUUUAACACUGAAUAUAGAUUUUGCAUUAUUCUGAAGGUCUCUGUUUGAAGGAACUAUUUGAAUUAUUGGAGGUAUCUUUAAUAAUUUUAUUUUUUGACCAAAUAUGUUUUUAUUUUUCAUAUGUUAAAGGUAUGAAAAAUUAUGCUUAGGCAAUUUAAAGAUUAAUUAUUUGUUAACAGAGAAAGAGCCGUGCCAUGAGAAAACCAACAUAGUGGGUUUGCGACCAGCAUGGAUCCAGACCAGCCGGCACAUCCGCGCAGUCUGGUCAGGAUCCAUGCUGUUCGCUAACAGGUUGUCUAAUUGCAGUAGGCUUUGAAAGCGAACAGCAUGGAUCCUGACCAGAAUGCGCGGAUGCACAGGCUGGUCUGGAUCCAUGCUGGUCGCAAACCCACUAUUUUGGUUUUCUUAUGGCGUGGCUCAAAUGCUGUUUUAUAUGCUUAUAAAGAUAUCGUGGAAGUUUCGUAAUAAUCUAUCAACAAGUGAAGUAAAAAUUGCGAUUUAAAAACUUUUUGAUGGCAACGAUGCCUGAAAUUUCCAAUUGGAAAAUGCCAAACAAAAUGACUUUUUGUUGGUAUACAACUCAAUACGGAUCGAUAUUUCUUUUUCAAAAUAACUAAAAACAUUCUAUCAGUUACUGUUCUUUAAAAUGAUGUAUGGUAUCAAUAUUGUCAUAAAGUAUUUCAAAAGAUGAAAAACGCUGUUACAGAAUAUAUGGAUCAAACAACAGAAGGUAAUCUUUAAUCACAUUUGAAAUUGAAAUGAACCUGUUUUUCUGGUGGAAAUUAUUACUAUUAUAGUGGCUUUACAUACAGUUAUGUUUGAGAGCUACUAGUUGUUUCAUUGCAAGUAUCAAUAAAAUUUUCAUCAAGUUUUC